AUGACUAUUGAUGCGGAGACUCUCAAGGAUGACCAGGCAGUACACCUGGAGGUUUCCCCUAAGGUCACCCUCCAAGAAGCUUACUUCGAGGGAUUGACCACGGAGGAACAAACAGUGCUUGAGAAGAAACUGGUUCGCAAGAUCGAUCUGCACCUCGUCGCCUCGCUAUGUCUCCUAUUCAUCUUCAACAUUCUCGAUCGCUCCAAUAUCGCCAAUGCGCGUCUAGGAGGUAUGCAGACCGACCUAGGUCUCAGCGACACCCAAUACCAGACGGCUGUCGCCAUCAUGUUUAUUGGCUACCUGUUGGGCCAAGUUCCCAGUAACAUUAUCCUCACACGCCUUAAGCCGUCCCGCUAUAUACCAGUUGCCAUCUUCAUCUGGGGCGGCAUUUCCAUGUGUGCCGCUGCUACGCAUAACUUUGCUGGUAUCAUAGUGGUGCGGGUACUGCUGGGCUUUGCAGAGUCGCCCUUCUUUGCUGGAGCGCUUCUAUUGAUAAGUUCCUGGUAUAAGCCCCAGGAGAUUGCGCCGCGAGUAGCGGUCAUGUACUGCGGUAACACAAUCGCCAAUGGCUUUGGCGGCAUGUUGGCAGCUGGGAUUUUGAACGGUCUCGAUGGAGCUGGUGGUCUGGCCGGAUGGAGGUGGCUCUUUAUAAUUGAAGGAGCAGGUACUAUCCUCUCUGGCUUUCUGGCAAUCUGGCUCCUGCCCGAUUUCCCGGGAUCUGGAAAGCAUGGAUGGCUCUCCGAUCAAGAACAGCGAUUUGCAGUGUGGCGUUUAGCGCAGGGAGCCAACUCGGAGAUCGACGAGAACGGCUCCAUUAAGGAAGGCCUCAUCGACGCAUUUACGGAUCCCAAAGCGUGGGUUAUGAUUGGCAUUCAGAUCUGUCAGCUCACAUCGCAAACGUGGACCUAUUUCUUCCCCUCAAUCGUCAAGACCCUCGGGUUCAACAACAUCGUAACCCUCCUCAUCACUGCCCCAGUCUACGUCUUCGGCUUCAUCAGCUCCCUCGGUAACUCAUUCAUCGCCACAUACACAGACAAGCGCGCCAUCCUCAUCGUCUGGCCCUUGAUGGUCGAUAUCAUUGGUAAUGUCAUGGUUAUCUGUACGCACAGCACGGCGCCCCGCUACGUGGGCAUGUUCCUCAUGUGCGCCGGCUCGUACUCUGCCUUCAACGUAGUCCAGGCGUGGAUCGCAAGUACUGUGCCGCGAACACGCACCAAGCGCGCUAUUGUUUACGCCCUAGUCAACCUGUUCGGCAACUCGGCCAAUAUCUAUGGGUCGUACUUCUUUCCCAGUUCGGAUGCGCCGCAGUACCGCAUGGGUGGGAUAAUUCUCUCUUCUUUUGCGGCGGGUGGUAUCGUGCUGGCCCUCGCUUUGGGCUUCUGGCUACGCCAGUUGAAUAUUCUGGCUGCUCGGGAGGAAGAGCAGGAUGGGCAACCUCGCUACAAGUAUCUCUGGUAG